CCUGCCACCUGGUUUUUGAUGGGGCAUUCAUAUCAGUACCGGGCGCUAACCGAUUGCGCCACUGGAGCUCCAGAUAGGGCAUUCAAUUCAGAAAACUUCAGUUUUUUAAAUGUGGUAGUUUUUUCAACUAAGUGAUGAAAGGUGGCUUUAAAGUCCUUACUUUGAUAUAUAUGGUAAACGUUUACUCUUAAACAGAAGCUUGACCCCUAUUAAAAUUACUUGCUUGCUGCAUGUAGAGGCAAGAGCAGCUUUCAGAGUCAAAGCAGCUAAUACGUUUGAUAUCUUCAGACAAAAUGGUGUGACUUUGUAGAAAUAGAGGAAAAUGCCUAAAAAAAAGACUGGUGCAAGGAAGAAGGCUGAGAACCGCCGGGAACGUGAAAAACAACUAAGAGCAUCAAGAAGCACUAUAGAUUUAGCUAAACACCCAUGUAAUGCUUCAAUGGAAUGUGACAAGUGUCAGAGGCGGCAGAAGAAUAGAGCAUUUUGCUAUUUUUGUAAUUCUGUACAGAAGUUACCAAUUUGUGCACAGUGUGGGAAAACAAAGUGCAUGAUGAAGUCGUCAGACUGUGUCAUAAAGCAUGCUGGUGUAUACAGUACUGGCCUUGCAAUGGUGGGUGCAAUAUGUGACUUCUGUGAAGCUUGGGUUUGCCACGGUAGGAAAUGUCUCAGUACGCAUGCCUGUGCCUGCCCUCUUACUGAUGCUGAAUGUGUGGAAUGUGAACGAGGUGUGUGGGACCAUGGAGGCAGAAUAUUCAGUUGUUCUUUUUGCCAUAACUUUCUCUGUGAAGAUGAUCAAUUUGAGCAUCAAGCCAGCUGCCAGGUUUUAGAGGCAGAAACAUUUAAAUGUGUUUCAUGCAAUCGGCUUGGUCAGCAUUCAUGUCUCCGUUGUAAGGCUUGUUUCUGUGAUGAUCAUACAAGGAGCAAGGUGUUUAAGCAAGAAAAAGGAAAACGGCCUCCUUGCCCUAAAUGUGGACAUGAAACUCAGGAGACUAAGGAUCUUAGCAUGUCAACACGCUCCCUGAAAUUUGGCAGGCAGACUGGAGCCGAAGAAGGAGAUGGAGCUUCUGGGUAUGAUGCUUAUUGGAAGAACCUUUCAUCUGACAAGUAUGGUGAUACUGGGUACCACGAUGAGGAGGAGGAUGAGUAUGAAGCAGAGGAUGAUGAAGAGGAAGAAGAUGAAAGCAGAAAGGAUUCAGAUACUGAGUCAUCAGAUUUGUUUACUAAUUUGAAUUUAGGAAGGACCUACGCCAGUGGCUAUGCUCACUAUGAGGAACAAGACAACUAGGAGAGCUGCUUGCCUACUGGUGGCCACGUGUGAGAGGAACAGGACCGUGUGUAGUUCCUGAAUGGUGUGUGAAUGAUGAAUUGCGGAUGGAUGUUUAAAAGUACCAUUGCUUAGCCUUGUGCAAAAGACUAGUUAGUUAUACUUACAGGGCCAAGGAGUAGGGCAUAGCAUUUUUAUAGGAACCAGUAAUCAAGCUUAUAUCAUAAGAAAAAUGAAUUUCAAAUGGUAAGGUGUAUAUUGAUCCAAGCAAUGGAAGCAUCAUGGAAUUUGAUUGUUAUCUGAUUUCAGUAAUCUAGUAGGUUUUGCCAAUUAGAUAACAUAUAUAUAGGAAAAAGGAAUAGAAUGGUAAUAUAUUUGUUUGCAAUGAAAUUGCUGUUUUUAUUUUAAAAAACACUGCUUAUAAAUUCAUUGUGUCUGAUUUUAUAAAAUAUGUUGGGUAAAAUAGAUUACCAUUAUUUUUCCUUUGUGUGUCCACAGAAUGAAAAUCAUGUUAUUAUAUUCUAAAUUUUCAUUAAAUAUUCAUGUUAUCUUAAAUAGUCACGUAUGUUUUAGCAUUUGACUCAUUCAUAUCUUUCUUCACAAUCUAUGUCCUAAACAGUUGCUAUUAUUAAUGCCUAAAUGUACUGACAAAGAUGAUUACUCAGCCAUUUUUCAGAGACACAAUAUCAGAAAUAGUAUUAUUACAGAUGCUUUACCCCAAAAAUUUCAUUUCUCUUUGAAUAAAUCUAGUAUUUCACUUA